AUGGAGUCCAGGAAUCGCAUGUUUAACGCAGUCGUAGUAAUCACAUGGUAUUUUAUGCUGAAAGUUGGAGAAUCAGCCCCAGGAAUCAAUAUGCUAAGCCAAGGUUGCAGCAGUUAUAAUGUUAGCAGCGUGUCGAAUUUCAACAGCAACCUGAACAUAACCUUCGGGUUAGUCAGGACUGACUUGAUGAACGGAAGCAAAAAAUUUGUAACCGAGCAGAGUUUGAGUGGUCCAGACUCAGUUUAUGCCAUGUUUCAGUGCAGAGAUUAUAUGUCUGCAGCUGAUUGCAUUGCUUGUUUUUCUGCUGCUUCGACGCAGAUUCGCAACUGUUCUGUGGCCAAUGGUGCUCGUGUUGUCUAUGAUGGAUGUUUCCUCAGGUUAUAG